AUGCUCACCAUUGAAGAGUCAAGACUUGUCGACGCUGUCGGCAUCCCACGCCGCUUUACACCUGUCAAGGCAUCGCCAAGGGUCGAGCCAGUGGUUGAGGCAUCCCCAGCGAGCAGGACCAACUUUCAGAGGAACUAUGCUGCACCUGAGCCCGAGCCACGUGCCACGGUGCGACCCCUGACCAAGCGCCGUCAUGGCGAUGAACCUGCUACGUCGACCCCCUUGCCCCCCAAGCGGCUGAGCAUUGGCUCCUCAGCUUCUGAGCGGGUGGCACCACAGCCAGUAGCCCACGAUGAAGGCCCCACACUCAAGGUAGUCCUUCCCAGUGGCUCCACUGCACGCACCCGCCAGCUCUUGGCUGCCAGCCAACAAGGUUUGUCGUCCGGGACGCAAGCGGCUGGCAAGCGGUCUGUAUUUGACAGGCUUGGCGAAAGCACAGUCAGCAGCACAACCGACUCUAAGUCGGGAAGCAGCACUGUUUUCAGCGCCUGGGGCCAAGCACCACUGAGGAGCCCAAGAGUGAUCCACCAAGGACGGUGUUCCGCCAAAACAGCCAAGCCAGUGAUGCGAAGGCAGGUCCUGCCUCCGACAGCAUCGUCUCGUGCAUCUCUUGGAAUCGGCGAUUCCAGUGAUGGUGGUGGAGGAGGAACGGUCAUGUUGCGACGGUCGAUCACUGAGGCCACCUCUGGAAGGCUAGGAGGCUCGCAGGGGCGCUUUAGCACUUUUGCAGCUGCCGCUUCACAAAAAGCAGUCCCCGCACGUGACCGGCUGGGGCCCAAGUUCGCAGCGACCGCUAGUGUCAUUCGGACGACAGUGCGCACAGCUGCAUCCACUGCACGGAAGAGCAGCACUGUGGUGCCAACAUCGAAGCGCGUUACUUUGGUCGCCCCCCGCGUGGGUUUCAGCGGUAGUACAGCCGCUCCACAGAGUGUCUUUGCUCGUCUUGGAGCAAAUCGUUAGCAGUGUGGUGUCUUAGUAAUGUCAUUGCAUUUCAUCAUCAACACUACUUCAUUUUGUUCCCUCUCAAUCACUUUCUCACUCGUUAGGCAGUUUUCUCUAUACCCUGGAGAAUUUCUGACCAAUUUUGCAUCAGUGUGUUGGAUAAAUGGAAUAAAUUAGUUUAUUGAACGGAAGUCAUGCGGGGGGGAAAGGGAAAUGUCACAUUUUUGCUUUGCAUUGGAUAAGCACUGGAGGGAUUUGAGCAUGUUUAUACAUGUGUUGAAAGGCAUUGCAGUGCAGCAACAAUGAAAGAGCCGAGAUACGCUGGGAACGUCAUUGCUCCUUUUUAAUAUUGAAGCGCUAUGUCACCUUUGGAAUGAACUGGAGGUUCUAGUUCAUAAUGUUAUGCAAAAAAUGCUUUUUUUUAUUUUGCCUAUCAACAUAGAUUGUUAUUUACUUGGGAAACCAAUAUAAUUGGGCUGGUUUGUAUUAGUGAAUACACUCAAACCUCAUUAUAGCAAACUUGCAUCUUACAUGAAAAUAAGUUUGUUAUAUCUGAAAACUCGUUAUAAAGGUUUAUUCAUAACACUAAAUCUAUUGUGAGAUUGUUUUCAAUUACUUCGUUAUAACCAAUAUUUCGUUAUAUCUGUAUUCGUUAUAUCGAGGCUCUUCAAGUUGAUGUGUGUACUGUACGGAAUGGAAGUGGGAGUAUUUAUUUCUAGACCAGCUCAGUCAACUUUUCUUUUUGUGUGAUGUGUUCAGCUUCUCCGGGGUGGCCCGUCAAACAUUUACUAGGAAACCAUUCAGAAGGUGUCUGACAGAAGAGAUGUCAGUGCCAAUGGGGACAGGUAAGAAAAUGCUUCGUUCAAAGUAACAUGUAUAUCAUGUUUCUUCUUGGUCAUAGGAUAUGUUGUGAACACCAUGUAAAAGCUGCAGCGUAUUACUACUCCCCAUUAUACUUUUUCUGUAUGGCCAAAAGACCAGCUGCUAAGUUAGCCUUUUCAAGUUUUGUUUGUGCAUCUUUGCCAGGCCAUCACUACGAGAUUUCAGUAGCUCCCACCUGAAGAACCUGACUUUUCUGAUAGUCUGUGCCUAAAGGUUGGGAAGGAAAAAAAGCUGUGUUUUACAAUGCACUGAAAGCUACCUUCGUGAACACUUGUGUGGUUGGCCUGUGGGAAUGGUAUUUUAUUCGCUUUUUCAGCACUAGGUUUUGAUGUCUCAAAGCCUGUCUUCACAUCUUUAGCUGUGCCCUAUUAAUCUGGUGUAACAUGGUUGGUAUUUCUGUAAAUGUAAACUCUUCAGUAUGGCGUUAUCAUGGUUCUAAAGCGUUUGAUGGUGUUAAAAAGUAGGCGAAAUGUAAAAGGGAGGGCUGCUAUGGACAUUGGCAGCUGGUCACAGGAACACCAUGUGCUGAACACCUUGUGCUGAAUGGAUUUGUUAAGUUCUGCGAAGGGGUAGGUAACCCAUGUAUAAAUCCACUUCCUGCCACCAAAAUUCCAAUGCUUGCAUGAUUGGUCAGCAAAAGCACUGUGUUCCCACUGCAGGUAGUAAAUCACAUUGUUCUACCAGGCAGGUCUGUCUAAAGUGUGAGUAUCGUAAAGCAGUACUGUUUUGCCUCUGCCAGCUCUAUUGGCCCUUUGCUUCUGUUAUAAGCCAAAGUUUAUGGCUUACUUUACAUCAGUUCGUUUUGUUGCCCCUAUUUUGUUGCCCAUAUUUAGUUGUUAUAGCUCACCAGAUUGACCAGGACUGCUACAGUGGCUACAGUCUGCUUGCAGUGACCUGGUCUGUUUCAACCAUCACUUUAUAAAUGUGGCGCAUGUGAACGAAAAUUCGGAGGGUUGUGGGUUGAAUGACGUCUCUCCGUAUGUUUAGAGUCACGAGGGGAGGGAAAAGUAGAAGCAGUGGUGGUUGUCACUAUUGCAAUGCCACUUUUUCUUUCAUGUGUUUUCAUCACAUCAUAGGCGAGAUCACUCGAAUUUCUGUUGAAGCAUUUUGCGUACGCACUGCCAUGAUCCUACUCGUUUUUCAAACUAAAGCCAUGCACGAAUCGCAGACGUACCUCGUCAAGUUCACAUCCUUGUGUUCACAUGCGAUUUCUCAACUUUCGUGCGAUGUCUUUGCAGAAACUACAGAAAACUUGGGAUUUACAAUAGUGCAUGCAAAAAUGGUUUGACACGUGUCUGCUGUUUCGUUACACUAAAGAUGUUGUCAACAACAUAGACAAUGUUAAUUCUAUGCGUGUUAUUCGUUCAUUCAUCAGCAGCAAUGUCUCAUGCUAUCCUGCAGCAUGGAUUCAUAAUAUUUGUAAGAGCAUCAUUUUUCAUUCGAACGAUGUCGGAUUAGGUUUUGUUAACGAAACACUUCCAUAGGUUGCUAUUAUUACACAAUUGACUAUGUAGUUAUUGUAUUUUUUGUUUAGUUUUUCAUUUUUCCUCAUCUACUAGCAUCCAUCUAUGUAAUUGGAUCCGACUUGCAUGUAAGCGUGCACGAACUGUGCAACCACGUGCACGAACUGUGCACGUGGUUGCGUAUAACUAUGAGCCACUUGUCGCUUCGAUGAUAUUUAUUCAAAUAGCAUCAGGGCAGAUGAGUGAUGGUGAGGAAGUUGCAAGGCUUUGUUGCCAAAGCAGUAUUGUCAGUCAGCUGUCCUUGGCUAAAUGUUUGUGCCGAGGAGGAUGGGUUCAUUGUACUCGAGUUCCUCAGCCAUCUCCUACAUUAAUUUCUUCAUUGUGUUUGCCUGUUAUACUUGACACUACCUUUACGCACACUGCUCCAGGGCAAUUUUCUUGAGCCCUCGUGUUGGCUUAUUGUUUUACACGUCUUUGUUUGACUGCUUCGUAUGCUCCUGCUUACAUUCACAUGUGCUGACAUAUGCUUCUGCAUAGACAAGCGUGCACCAUUAUUCUCUGAUUAUUUGCUUGACAGCAUCCUUGGUAUUUUAAACGACUGAUAAAACACUUCGCACUAUGCCAAAAUUGCUGUCGCUAAAAUAUGCAUCGCCAAGGCACCAUAAGUACCAGGAAAAUGACAUUUAAGAAAUUAUUGCCUGAAAACACUUCCCCAGCACAAGCACAUGUUCCGAUAGGCUUUAAGGCUACGAAAAAAAAAAAACAUAACUGCAAACUAACCCUGCAUGAUUCAGCACUAUCCACUUAUCAAAUAUUGUGUGUUGAUAACCAUGAGAGACUGCUAACUUUGGCUCAUAUCCUGAGUGUCAGUCUGUGUAUUUAGCUCGGUGCUUGCACUCAUCUGGUACGUGUUCACAUAGUCUUUUUCUUGCUGGCUGCGACUGUGUUACUGUGUAUGCACGCAUUGCUAUGCACGAACGCACCAUAACACAGCAGCAUGCUGUUCAUGAGAAAGUUCUUCGUUGUGGCAAUAACCUUAACAUAGCGCUGCAAGUGGCAUUGAUCUGGAAAACAUGCUUGGCUUUGGCUCUAAUUAUUCGCGUCGUUGGGGAAGAAAAAAAUCAAUAGCAAGGCCACACAAGUGCUUUCAAACAGGGGCAAGUUAAAUUUCAAUGCUGCGACGUGUGCUCAGGGCACUAAAUAAAAUUUUGCCCACCAUUUCUCAAGCUGACAAGCUGAAACAGGUCAAUUGACCCAUUCACUUAUUUGGUUCUUAUGGUGCAUAUUUUAUAUCAUGUUAAUUUUUACUGGUACAGUUACUGGUUCUGUUUACACUUCUUUUUUUGUUUUUGUUAUUCAGCUACAAACGUUUGGUGCUUUGGAAGAGGCCAUGAAGUUUUAUUUAAACAUCAAUUCAAAAAGCGUUGCUAGAGCCAUUCAUAUAUCAGCUCAGUGAUACUCGGUGUCAUGACUGGAAGCCCUUCUCUGAGUCUUCCAUUUGUCACGAAAGUGCCAUUAUUGUCACACGUGCUUGUGUCAGAGACCGCAUCCACGCUCAAGGACAAUGCCAUGCAUGUCAUUUGAACUGUGUGUAUUGUGUCACGGUAGCUAGGCUGGAGCAAAUUUUUAGCCGAAAGCGUAUGCUUUGCCACAAAGUCCAAAGUUCCUGUUAAGGAGGUGUCAUGGUCGCUGUAAACAUUCAUGAAAUACCGUGACGUGCCUACUUUCUUGGAAAAGAGCUCGCAAGAAACAGUUCAACUAUUGAAAGCAGGCAACACUUUCUUGAUUAUCGAGUUUCAUGCCAAACUGCUUCUGCACGAAACGGUGUGACAUUCAUCGUCCUAGCCUCGCGAUGGCAUUUUCCCUUUGUUGGCAUGCGGUUGUAUUCUGUUUGCGGCUGGAAGUGGAAUGAAAUAUGACUUUGAUUUUCAUUGUUCGUUUGCCGUUUGUGGUAAUCAUUUUCGGCAUGCUUUCUCAUGCUCUCAUGUUUAUCAUGCAUUAGCUAGGCCAUAUAGUAAAGUAAUUGCCCGAACUUAAGGUGUUAUCAAGAGCAAGCCAGAUGCCGCAAAAUGCAGAGGUGUCGCACAUUCCAUCGACGUAAUCCUUGUGCAUAAAGAAAUGCUCAAUGCAGAAGUACAUAGAAGUGCAGUAGAAUGUACUUGAACAAAACUUGAAGAGGCUGAGGAAAUACUUUUACAUACUGCAUGACAAGUGUCUUGUUUAUUGUGAAAAUAGUGCUGCGGCAGUCAAAUCCAGAAACUUACAAAAUGAGAGGCAACUGUUUGUUUAAACAGCAUUUCUGCUUAAAUGAUUUUCAUUUACUGAAAUUUUGCUCUAAUCUGAAAGGGGGGGUAGGCAAUGAGGAGGAAAACAAAAUUAGGCAUGCUGGGCUUAAGAAUGGAGGCAUUUCAUUUAGAAAGUGCAAACACCUAAAACAAUAGUUAAGUUAGGUUAGUUAGUGCAGGAAGAUGAGUGGUUCAGUUUCAUGGAAAAAUGAAAAUGACAGAAAACUGCAUAGUUCUGACUUUUAAAUUCUGUAGUACCAGUGCUUAUGUUCAUGAAAACAGCACAAGCCUGCUUAAUGAGAAGAGAAACACUUGCAGCAUGCAAGGCAUUUGGAGCAGGCAACUAAGCUUUCUCGAUUAACUGAAGUAAGAGUCAGUAUUCUUUAUAAACACUUUUGAGAGAUUUGACAUGAUACAACACAGUGCUUUCUGGCGUGUACAACCAACAGUAUUCCUGGUGCUGUACCAGAUCUGUCAACUGUUGAUGCAUUUGGUGUCGAGUCAAGCGAAAUUUUGUUUAAAGG